CAGGGCGGCCGCCGCGGCCCCGCCAUGAGCCGGAGGUAGCGGCGGAGCCUUCCGCAGCCGCCGCCCGCCCGCCCGGCCGCCCGCCAUGCCGAACCAGAAGGGCGGCAAGGGCAAGAAGAACAAGCGCGCCAACAGCAGCGGCGACGAGCAGGAGAACGGGGCGGCGGCGGGCGGCGGCGGCGCCGCGGCGGCGGCGGGAGGCGGCGGCGGCGGCGGCGGCGGCGGCGCCGCGGCGGGCGGCGGGGCCGGAGGAGCGGCGGCGGCUGCGGGCGGCGGCGGCGGCGGCGGUGGCGGCGGCGGCGGAGGAGCGGCGGCGGGCGGCGACGCCAAGAGCGAAGCCCCUUGUGCUACUCCACUGAUCUGUAGCUUUGGAAGGCCAGUGGACCUUGAGAAGGAUGACUACCAGAAGGUCAUAUGCAACAACGAGCACUGCCCUUACAGCACCUGGAUGCACCUUCAGUGCUUCUACGAGUGGGAAAGCAGCAUUCUUGUCCAGUUCAAUUGCAUCGGCAGAGCGAGGAGCUGGAACGAAAAGCAGUGUCGCCAAAACAUGUGGACAAAGAAGGGAUACGACCUCGCUUUCCGCUUCUGCUCCUGUCGGUGUGGGCAGGGUCAUUUGAAGAAGGACACCGACUGGUACCAGGUGAAACGGAUGCAGGAUGACAAGAAGAAAAAAUCCGUGUUGGAGAAGAGCACGGGAAGGUCCAUGGCAGAGUCAGCAGAAGAGGCCAAAAAGGGCAGGCCAGCCAACAAGCCGCAGAAAGGCUUAAGUCACGACAUCCAGCGAAGGCACUCGAUGGACAGGCAGAACUCCCAAGAGAAGGGUGUCAUUGGCGGGAGCUAUGCGGUUCGCUCCCCGUGCGUCUCUCCCGGCCAGUCCCCACCGACCGGCUACUCGAUUCUUGCCCCCACCCAUUUCAGCGGCCCCCGUUCCUCGCGAUACUUGGGAGAAUUCCUGAAGAACGCCAUUCACCUGGAGCCGCACAAGAAGAACAUGGCCGGUGGGGGCAUGUUCAGGAACGCGCACUUCGAUUACGGGGCAGCCGGUUUGCAAGCACAUCGGUCGGGACACUUCGAUGCCCCCGUGCAGUUUCUGAGAAGGCUCGACCUGUCUGAGCUUCUCACUCACAUCCCCAGGCAUAAAUUGAAUACUUUCCAUGUGCGAAUGGAAGAUGACGCCCAAGUGGGCCAAGGGGAGGACCUGCGGAAGUUUAUUCUUGCUGCUCUUAGCGCCAGCCACAGGAACGUUGUAAACUGUGCACUGUGCCACAGGGCACUGCCAGUGUUUGAACAGUUUCCGCUGGUGGAUGGAACCCUGUUCCUUAGCCCAUCAAGACACGAUGAAAUUGAAUAUGAUGUUCCCUGUCACCUUCAAGGAAGGCUUAUGCAUCUCUAUGCUGUUUGUGUAGACUGCUUAGAAGGGGUUCACAAAAUUAUCUGCAUUAAGUGCAAGUCCCGAUGGGAUGGAAGCUGGCAUCAGCUGGGAACUAUGUAUACCUACGAUAUUCUGGCAGCAUCUCCCUGUUGUCAGGCUCGACUGAACUGUAAGCACUGUGGGAAGCCAGUAAUAGAUGUACGGAUUGGCAUGCAGUAUUUCUCCGAAUACAGCAACGUCCAGCAGUGUCCUCACUGUGGAAAUCUAGACUACCACUUUGUGAAGCCAUUUUCUUCAUUUAAAGUUUUGGAGGCUUAUUGACGAAAGCUUUGCUUUAGUAAUAGCUAUUUUAUGGGUAUUUCAACUUUAUUACAUAUCUUUUUAUAGGAUUCAUUCUGUGAUGAAAUUCCUUUCUUUUCUAACUGAAAGAGCAGCUUCUUUGUCUGUAUACAUAUGAAUAUGUAUAUAUACAUGUUGUUAAACCAGAAUCCUCCUGACGAGAUCUCUGAAGGUUGGAGGCAUGCCAAUUUAAUGGCCUUCGAAUAUAUCCCAAGUGUGGGGUAAAGUUCAGCUAAAAUGAUUUGGUUUUAUUUUUUGUACUAUUGUAAUACAGUUUAUAAGAAGGACAUGGGACAGAGAAAUAUGUCCAGUUGGAAAGUGGGUAACUGUGUAGGCUUGUUGUCCCUCUAGCUUGGUGGAAAUGGGAAAUCCUUGAAAAGAAAUAAUCCUGUAGCUGUUGAAUUCAUCGAGUCUUUUGCAUUGGUCCCAGUGGGCACAGGAGCAUGCCUCAGGCUGUCAUCUUAGUGGGCUUUCUUUCAGGUUUCCCAAGAUGGGAUAAACUAAGAUAAUGUGACAAGUGAAUGUAAAUCUAUGCCAGAAAAAGCAACUUUGAGUUAUUUUUUGGCAUAGCGUCUUCCUGCCGUAUACGUUUGUGUGUUUCUCUCUGACGGAUUGUACGGCAAUAGUACUGCUUCCGCCAGUGUUGUAAUGUUAGCGGUCAGGUCAUUUGUUUAUACCAAAACAAGCUGGAGAUCUUAAAAUGCUUUAUUUAAAGGUAUUUCUUCACAGAUAUUUUAGGACCUUGUGAUAAAUGGAAGGAACAGGCUGAACUGAACGGGGAUGUUUGUAUGUGUCUGCUGGGACUGAGGCUUUGCUGCCUACUGCAGACGGGUGUAACUGGCUUGGAAAGAGGACCACGAAGUGGGAUCUGGGUCAUCAGACCAAUAAGAGCUGAGAGGUACUUACAUGACACAUGGCAUCAGUUUUUAAGUCAAUUAAUUGCUGCACCUUUGUCUUUCAAAAUCAUGUAAGUCCAGGAUCUAAAACCUUGGAGACUUUUUAAGAAAGCAAACUUAGUGUAUUUACUUUCUACAUGCCUCUGUGCUGUAUAUAGUAGUCAAUGCAUUAGGCAGUGAAUUUGUGUCAUAGGGGUUGGCCCUGUAGAAUCUGCAAUUUUUGUUUCUUGCUCCCAACUUUUCCCUUACAUAAAUAAAAGUUUUAAAAUAGGUCGUUAAUCUUUUACUUGGCUUCUAAAGCCAGCUGAGAUUUUUGUAAGUUUUUUUGUUGUUUAUGGAGUGAUUGGUCACUCAAGGUAUGGGUUUUGUUUCUCUUUAUGAGGUGGGAUUAUUUUUUGUUUCUUCCGAAGUUUUUUUGGUUUUCCCAAAUUAGAAUCUCAAAGAGUGUAUCCGUUGAAAUCAUGAUCUUAAAAAUGUCCCUGAUAAUCUGCACACUCUGGGAAGGAAAACAGAAAAGUCAGAAGCCGAGAAAGUGUUGCAUAUACUGGACAGAGAAUUACACUUUCUGCUAAGUUAAGAAAUUAAUGUGCAUGUGAAAUUCGAACUGAAUAUCCAUGUUUCUCUGUGCAUAAAAAAUGCCGAGUUCACAGUUUUAUUUCCUGGCUGUCUUCACUGCAGAAUUAGCUCCUUUAAGCAUUAGCCACUCUUCAAGUAAUACUCAAGCUGCAUAGAGGGCUUAUGUUGGCACACAUCACUUACUGCUGACUUGAGUGGUAAUGUCCUUAGAAGCCAGCUAAGUCAAUUAAUGAUUUUCACAUCUGGAUAGGACCGGGCUAUCUCAUAACGGUUACGUUGGUGAUCCACCACCGCUGGUCUGAACAGCGACAUUAACAGGCUGUGAUAGUCUACAUCACUGGCUCUCCCCUUGCUCUGUCCUCUCUUCUGUCCGUGUGUUUGUGUCUGGAGCACAUUCUUGGGGUUUUGUGCAGUUGUUCCUUGGGGGUCUAUUUGUGACAGUUUGGGGAAAACUGUUCCCUUUUUAAGACAAAUUGUGGGAAGAACUUUGGGACACUUCUGACACUGUCCUGGUGUGGCUAUCACAAACCAAGUUACGCCCACUCCAGUUACAGUGGCACCAGCACUGUAACCAUAGAAGCAGGAUCUGGCCCAGGUGUACGUGGGCUGGAAGAAGUUAGCUAGCAGAUAAAACCUGGUUAGCUGUGCAGUGUAGACUUCCCUUAUGGAGAACAAUCAAAUUAUAAUUCAAAUUAAUUACUUGGGGAGGAUGAGCCCUUCACCUUCAGUGGUAUAUUUCCACAACCUGUUGGAGUUAGGGUAGUUUGGAGUUAAGUUGUCUGGCAGUACCAUGGGUACCAGAUCACAUACACAAAUGUUGGACUCUUGUAGCACAAAGACAAAGCUCCUGUAAUGAUAAAAAUUAAAGAAUACAUAUAGCAUUUGAUCUUGAGUGCUAGUCACUCAUGCCUUGAGCCUAAGGUAUUAAUCCCCACAUACACUGAAAGGGUAACAAAAUAGUAGCAUUCUGUACCUAUUUUUUUUCACCCAUUUGGUGAGUGGAGGUGUCACUGCAAUGCACAUGGUAGGGCAGAAACGGGAUAUGGAGUUCUGCUAAAUACUUGUUCACUUACUUUCCUUAAUACAGCUUAAUUUAUAAUUCUUUAUGUUCUUAGAUGCCUUUCCAGAUAUGUAUGUAUGACAAUCGAGAAUGAGUAGAAGUGGAGAAAAGGAAUUUGGCCACUUCUUAAAAACACAAACAUGUGAAAGGUUGUACAAUAUAUUCAAGUCAAAAUUAAGAAUGCAGCAGACCCAGAAAAUGGGGAGGGGAAAGCAUGUUUAAAGUCUUAAUAGCAACAAGAAGUUGUUUACAAAUCUAUCCAAGGCAACAAUUUAGUUCUCAAUCACCUUUUCCUUUUAAUUCUGAUUUUAAGUGAGUCUUAGCUACCACUUGAGGAAACGCCUAUUUUCUUGCAAAGCACAUCUCUCAACUGGAGGCUAACAGCACAUGUAGUACUGUAAAAUGAUUCUCGAUGGAAACCAGCUGAGCUAGAGAAAGAUUCCUCUGAACUUUUCCUCUAAAGUAAAUUGUCCCUAAUUUAUAGGGAAUACUUUCUCUGCUUCUUGCUGUUGCUGGAAACUGGUCUUGUGUUACUGCACAAUGCAAGUAAGAUAUAUAUAUAUUUUUUUUAAUAAGAUGCAUCAGACUCCAGUCAAGCAGACAGGCCCACCCUUUGGCCAUGAAAGUUUUGGCUAGGCAUUGCAUAAGUACAAAGUCAGAGUGAACUUUGGGACUUAAUGGCUACUUAAGAGGUUGAACUAGACACCAGUUGGUUUGCUAUCUGCCAUGACGAGCACUGGUAGUAGUCAUUGAGCUUUUAAAUGUGUCAAAAGGGAAAUGGUUUGUCAAUGUAGGGAGCUGCUUGCUUUGCUUGUUUGGCUAAAGUUUACUCUUCACUACCUUUCAUUUUUCUGAUGCUGUGUGUUCUUUUUAGUCUGGCCUGUGGUCGGAUUAAACUGUGCCUGAAGUAUGUUUUGUAAACGAGAAUACAGUCCUCUGGAUUUGGAGGUUCAUUCUACUCUUCUUAAAUGCACGAUACUCCUUGUGAUAGUAAUAGGAGUUGCAUGUGCAAAUGCUUUUCUUUCCAGUAGUUAAGUGUUUUCCAUAGGAGAGGCUUGCAUUUAGAUAGACUUAAUAUUUUGGAUGUGUAAAUGAAUUCAUCCAUCAGUAGGGCAUUUAAAAGUAAAUUUUGAUAACCAUAACUAACACAGAAGACAUCUUUUACAUGCUGAUACAUAAGUUGACAUUUACCAGCGUGAGCAGGCUGAAAUUCAUGUUCUGUCUAAUGCUGCAGAGACACUAAAAUUACAGUGCUCUAUAGCCCAUUGACUAUUCCAUAGUCUAUUUGCGUUCAUGUGUCCAGUAGUGAGCAGUGUAUUCAUAAUGAAUUUAGUUGGGAAAAUAGGGAAUAUUCCUACGAGGGAGGCAUCUAACACAAUUUCUUUUUUUUUUCUUUUCUUUUUUUCCCCCCUCAUGUACUCUUCAUUUUGCUGUACCAGGUAACUGAGAACAAACAUGCUGUUGUAAGGCCACCGGUGAGAAAACACCUCAAAAAUAUACUUGUCCGUAAAGGUUUCUUGUUGAGACAUUUUUGGAUUGCACUUUUGCAGAUGGAAGAAUAUGUACAUAGAAAAUGAAUGUUGAUGAAAUUAAAAUAAUUGGUUAUGAUAUCAUUCGCGUGUGUUGUUAGAGAAUAUUUUGUUGUGACUUCUCUGUAUUAAAAAAUAAUAAAUACCAGACACCUAA